UGAGGCCUGGACUCGCCGUCGCCGAGACUCGCUUCGGUUUGACGUUCGUGCGAUCGACAGUCCAGCGCGGAAAGCCGUCGAUAGUGCGCGAUUAUUUUUUACCGCGUUUGCAUGUGCGCGUUUGUAUCUUCCGCGAUGCAGGAACUCGACGACGUUACAGUGCAUCGCGCGUGAUUGUGCGUGGGUGCAUGCGUUGGAUGCGCGCGUGCGCGCGCGCGCGAUGCGGAUUGCAUUAUUAUACGGAUGACCUCGCACCACCAGUAUGAAGCCUGCUCAAGGCAUACCGUUCGAGUGCCGUUAAGAAUCGCCGCAAGAAUCGAUUGCGGGACGAAUUACGAUCGUGUCCUAAAUCUGUGAUUCGAGAGAAGGAGAAAGGCAAAAAAGAAGAAUUAUAAAACGGAUGCGAGAGCAGAGCGUCAAGCCGGUUGAUCAUUUCAACGAAGUCCAUCGCGCAUCGAACCGGGAUUAUCUUAACCGAAUGUUUCCGGAUGUGAUUGUAAACAGCAUGAGAUUCAUAGUGAUAGCUGCUAUUAUAUUGGCCGAUGUCUCGCUUGCCAAUCUUGAUCUUCAGGGUGUCAGAUGUGGCGAGAAACGUUGCAAUGCGUCGGAAUAUUGCAGCGAUUUCGACAUGCACUGUAGACCCUGUGCAGUCGUGUGCGACAAGAACAACCACAAUUACCAACUAGAAGAAUGCAUAAAAGCUUGUCAAGUUUAUCUUGAUGAUCAGCGCUAUAUGGAACGUAUGGAUUUAAAUAGACGGUACGAUGAUCUCAGAGAAAAGGUGGAAAGAUUCCAGAAUUGGUUCGUGAUCACAACGACGUUGACCUGCUUCUCACUAUUGGGAAUGUUGUACCUGCUGGGGAGAACUUUAAUACGAUGGGAAAGGAUCCAAAAUACCUUGCGAACCGUAUUCAGAAAGAAGCUCGCAAAGGUAGCCAAUAAAAAUAAAGACGACAUCGAGGCAGCUGUGAAUAAACAAAAUGUUCUCAAAUUGACUAUACCAAGCAUAAGUGCCACAGUUGAACCAGAACCCAAGAUUACCGAGAAUAGUAGUAGUAAUAGUAACGGGAAUAGCACUACACCGAAUACCACGAGUACUCCUCUAUCACGGCGAUGUGCCAGCGAGGAUACCACUCUUGAUUAUGCGUAUGAUAAUCCGGCAAUGACACCAAGUCCAGAAACCGCGCAGCUUAGAACAAAAGUUCAUGAGAGCUCAUUUUAAGAUUACAGAUUUAGCAUUUAACAGAACAUGAAAAGAUACGCGUAAGAUUUUUCUCGAUUUUAAAUCGAAACAGAUUUUAAAAGGAAAUGAAAAUGUUUGUACGUGUAAAAAAACACAAUUUAAAGUUUCGCUGCGAAAUAAGUUGGAACAAGCUUUGUGAUAAUAAUUAUUUUUAUUGAGAAAGGAAAAAAUAUUCGAAUAUUCAGAAUAUUAAAAAAAAAUUGUUUUAUCGGAAUCUUGAAUGAUUCUGGCUCAAGUGAGCAGGAAAAUGGAAAUAGGAUGUGGCGAAGUACAUAUGAAUGAAAUGACGUGGCUACUAUUUCUCCUAUUUGAUAUUUUGUAAUUGUACAUUGAAGUAUUUCAUAAGGUUUUUCACGUUUCUAUGAAUGAGAAUUUUUUGAGAUAUUGUAAACGCAUAAUAGAGUAAAGAACGAUUAAAUGAGAGAGAUCGUUCAUC